AUGGGAAAUCUAUCGGAGAAUUUCGAUAUAGAGGAUCUGAUGUCUUACGGAGACGAUUUGAUCGAACUAUUGAAUGUUAAGAAUGGGUUUGACGUGGUAUCGCAGAGUUUCCAGCACUUAGAAGCUCUCAAUUUCGCUUCCGACGAGGAUUUUAAUCAGAUACAAGGAUCUACUCAAGAGUGUAAGAAGAAACUCGAUGCUUGCAAGAAGAAAACGGAGGAAGCAAAUUCAGAUGUUUCGGCUGGAGAUGAAAUCGAACUCGCUGAAGAACUCAAAGACCUGAAUACACAACGGACAUCGAUUGAUGAACAGAGGCAAUCUACGAAGAGAAAAGUGCGUGACGACUUGAGAGCUGAGAAAAAGCUCUCUAUGUAUGCUUCUGUCACAAAGAUUAUACCGGACGUUACUGAUCCAUCAAAGAUCUCAGGCUAUUUGGUAGAUCGCGAGAAAAGGGUGAUUGAGAAGUUCCAAUUCGAGACAAAUAAGAUGACGGCGUACGAGACGUGUAACAGUAUUUGGAGCAUUAUCAACAAGCAAUAG